ACCCACUCAUUUCUCAUCGAUUACACCAAAAGCAAGGCACCAGAGAUUCCCUCCACCACCCUCCACCACCUAUCUCAUCACUCACUGUAAAAAAAAAAAACAACUAAAAUCCAAUCCCAAGAUCCUCUUCUUACAAACUCUCUUUUAUACUUCUCCACUGUUUGUUACUCUCAUUACAAAAAUUCUACCACUCAGACACCAAAAAUUCUACUUCUACUCCAAUACCUUAAAAAAGAAAAAAAAGAAAGAAAAGAAAAGUGGGUUGUUUUUAUACAACAACCACACAACAAAGUCAUUACAGCAUCUAGUAAUGUUUUUGAUGGUCGUUGUGGUACUGGUGGGUUAAAUGGAUACUUUGUUUAGGUUAGUUAGUCUUCAACAAUCUGACCAAUCCAUCAAUACUACUACCACUGCUUCAACCAGAACUACUUCUACUACUUCUAGAUCUUCUAAUUCCAGACAAAGCUUUAACAACAACAAUACUCACUGUUACCAAAACUAUACUAGUAUUCAAGAAGAAGAAUGCAGCAACUUUUUCAUGGACGAAGACAAUUUCUCUUCUUCUUCUUCUGCUAAACAACAUCUCUACCCUUCACCUUCUUCUGCUUACCACCCUCAUCAACAACAGCAACAUACUCCAACAAGCACCACUUCAUCUCAUGAGAAUCAGUUCAUCAACUACCAAAACCAGCAACCAAUUCUGCAAGAUCUUUCUCUCGACUUAUCAUCUAGUAAAUGGUCAUGUAAUUUGCUCGUCGAAGCUGCACGUGCUAUUGCCGAUAGGAACAAGGAACGUGUACAGCAACUUAUGUGGAUGCUUAAUGAACUUAAUUCGCCGUAUGGAGAUACUGAUCAGAAACUAGCUUCUUACUUUCUACAAGCUUUGUUCUGUCGUAUGACUGAUUCAGGAGAACGCUGUUAUCGUACGUUAAGAUCUGCAUCGGAGAAGACAUGUUCGUUUGAAUCGACACGAAAGGUGGUGCUCAAGUUUCAAGAAGUUAGUCCAUGGACUACUUUUGGUCAUGUAGCUUCAAAUGGUGCGAUCAUGGAAGCUUUUGAAGGUGAAGCUAAAUUACAUAUAAUUGAUAUUAGUAAUACUUAUUGUACUCAAUGGCCUACUUUGCUAGAAGCUUUAGCUACACGUACUGAUGAUACACCGCAUCUCCGUUUAACCACGAUCAUUUCUAGUGCUGUGGGUACUGCAGCGGUUCAAAGAGUCAUGAAAGAGAUCGGCACACGGAUGGAAAAGUUUGCUAGACUUAUGGGAGUGCCAUUUAAGUUCAAUGUAAUCCAUCAUUCUGGUGAUCUAUCAGAGUUGAGUUUCAUUCCAGAAUUAGACUUAAAAGAUGAUGAAGCAUUAGCCAUUAACUGCAACGGCAUGUUGCAUACCAUCGGAGACGUUGGUAAUCAGCGUAACACUGUUUUAUCGGCUUUCCGCACGUUAAAUCCAAAAAUCAUUACAGUGGUUGAAGAAGAAGCUGAUUUGGAUAUCGGUGUUGAUGGUUUUGAGUUCGUUAAAGGGUUCCAGGAAUGUUUGAGAUACUUUAGGGUUUAUUUUGAAGCAUUAGAUGAAAGUUUUACUAAAACAAGUAAUGAGAGGUUGAUGUUAGAAAGAGUAGCUGGAAGAGCAUUAGUUGAUCUGUUGGCAUGUCCAAUUGGUGCAUCAAGUGAGAGGAGAGAAUCAGCUGCGCGUUGGUCUCAUAGGUUACGCGCAACUGGGUUUAAUUCACUUGGUUAUAGUGAUGACGUUUCAGAUGAUGUGAAGGCACUUUUGAGAAGGUACAAAGAAGGAUGGUCUAUGACUCAAAAUUCUGAUCAUGCUGGAAUUUUCUUGGCUUGGAAAGAUCAGCCUGUUGUAUGGGCUUCUGCUUGGAAGCCUUAGAUGACGCAUUGGCACUCGUUAUAAGGGUUUUAAUUCCACUGGAGAAGAUUUAGAGUUUCUCUGGGUGGCCGUAGAAUCACCACUCUAGUCAUGCAAUGGAGUAUUUUUAAGGUAAUUCAAUCACAAACAGAAAAAUGAUAGGGUUUUAGAGAGAGUUUUGGUGAUUGUAGAACAAAAAAUCACACUUUGAUUAUCUCUAUAUUUAUUUUUUUUGGUGUUCAUUUUCUUGUUCAUUGUUAUUAAAAUUAUUAUUGUUAUUAUUAUCUUUUUUAUUUAUAUAGAGGUUUUUCGCUGUCUUUGUUUUGGAUUUCUCAAGUCUAAGUAGUAGUCCCUGGAAAAUCUGUCAAGUGAAUUUUGGUAUUGUGAAGCUAUUUAUUUCAAGAUUAUUAAAUAAUCAGUGCGUGUUUGUUCAAA